AUGGAAAAAAUAUAUAAUCAAACCGUAAAACGAUUUUCACACAUGCCUUUGCCGACGGGUGGGAAAAGUGUUUUCGUUGGUUGGUACAAGGAGUUGUUAGGUUGUGGUGUGAGCUGUGCAGGACUCUCCCUAUCCGGUCCAGUCUUCCUGUGCGGUGGUACGGUUCCCCUGUCCGGCCAUUCCAUUUCGAUUGAUAUCGCAGCAGAAAAAAGUGGGACGGUAUUUUGUGCGUGUAACAUGGCACUUAAGCGAAUCCAGAAAGAGCUUCAGGAUUUGGGUCGUGAUCCACCUGCACAAUGCAGCGCAGGUCCUGUCGGCGAUGAUUUGUUUCAUUGGCAGGCGACAAUAAUGGGUCCACCAGAAUCACCCUAUCAAGGUGGCGUCUUUUUCUUAACAAUUCAUUUUCCUACGGAUUAUCCAUUCAAACCACCGAAGGUAGCAUUCACAACUCGUAUGUAUCACCCAAAUAUCAACAGCAACGGUAGUAUUUGCUUGGAUAUAUUGCGUUCGCAGUGGUCACCAGCGCUUACCAUUUCUAAAGUACUUCUCUCGAUUUGUUCUCUUCUUUGCGAUCCAAAUCCAGAUGAUCCGUUGGUACCAGAAAUUGCUCGUGUUUACAAAACAGAUCGUGAUAGGUAUAAUCAAUUAGCUCGUGAAUGGACUCAGAAAUAUGCAAUGUGA